AUGUCCAGAGCCUUGAAGACCACACUUGCCCCACAACAUGCGCCUCUUGCUCCAGCCACCUUCAUAGAACUGGUAGGGCCUCCUCUUUUUUUGGAGGCUUUCUCAACAUUCAAAUAUGCUGGAGCCAUGGCGACAGUCAAGCAUGCAUGUGCCCGUUACCCAGCUUCCGUGAAGCCGGUCUUCAUCGAACUAUGCCUCGCAACUCACAUCGAGUACACCGUUUGCGCAUGGCAUCAGUGUUGUUCUUCAACAGCGCUAACGUGUAAAAUAGAUCUUAUUGUACACCACGUCGGAAACGUACUUUGGGCAAUAUCGGCAAAAUGGGAAAAAGUAAACAAUUUGUAUGGUUGGUGUGCUCAUGCAGCCAACUGGGCCAUCAGAAACGAACAAAGCCUUAAGCAUGAAUAA